AUGUUUAAAAAACUUUGGGAUUUUAAAGCCAAUUAUUAUUAUAGAAGAAAUUUUCUUGUUGGCAAAUCUGUAAUGGAGAUAAAUUAUUGUCUUUCAGUGGCUUUAAUGUUAAAGUUUUAUUUUAUUUUAUUUAUUUUACUUUACUUUACUAUUUUAUUUUAUUUUAUUUUAUUUUAUUUUUUUAUUUUAUUUUAUUUUAUUUUAUUUUAUUUUAUUUUAUUUUAUAAAAACAGGAGUGCCCCAGGGAUCUGUGAGGCAACCUUUGAAUGUGGUCCACUAUUAUUCAAGAAUUACCCAUUAUGGCCAAAACUGGUUUAG